AUGCAAAUCUCUCUGUUUCAAAUUGAGCCAACUUGUCAACUCUUUGGAAAAAUCGAUAAAGAUUUGCAUACAAUUUGUUCGUUUGAUACUGUUCCGAUCGUCAUAAACCAGAAAAAGUUCGAAGUCCGGAGUUGGACGAUUGGGGAAAAAGACGAUUGGGGAAAGGGACGAUUGGGGAAAAAGACGAUUGGGGAAAAGUACGAUUGGGGAAACCGAAAAGUAUUAUUUUCUUCGAUGCAAAUGUCGAAAUUAGGAUAAUCGAGGGUGCUGAUUUCGAAAAUGACAUUAAUUUUUUUGAUUGUAACUUUUUUCUUAAGUAGUACUGUAAAGUAGUAAUUUUUUGAAUUUUUAUCAUAAAUACUCGAUUUAGGGGUUUUCGAGGGUGCUGAUUUCGGAAAUCGUGUUAGCUUUCUUCUUUAUAGUACUAUCUGGUACUAUAUAGUACGAGGUACGAGGUGAAAAUAUGGCUUUUGGCGUUAACGGUGUUGUUUUGAUGCUUGGUACUCCUCAAAAACACGUUUUAAAUAACUGGUACUGUUUAGUACUGUCUGGUACUAUGUAGUACAAGGUGAAAACAGGAGUACUAAGUAACAGAACAACACCACUAACCCCUAAAGGCCAAAUUUUUCACCUUGUACUACAUAGUACCAGACAGUACUAAACAGUACCAGUUAUUUAAAACGUGUUUUUGAGGAGUACCAAGCAUCAAAACAACACCAUUGACGCCAAAAGCCAUAUUUUCACCUCGUACUAUAUAGUACCAGAUAGUACUAUAAAGAAGAAAGCUAACACGAUUUUCGAAAUUAGCACCCUCGAUAACCCCUAAAUCGAGUAUUUAUGACAAAAAUUCAAAAAAUUACUACUUUACAGUACUACUUAAGAAAAAAAGUUACAAUCAAAAAAAAAUUAAUGUCAUUUUCGAAAUCAGCACCCUCGAUUAUCCUAAUUUCGACAUUUGCAUCGAAGAAAAUAAUACUUUUCGGUUUCCCCAAUCGUACUUUUCCCCAAUCGUCUUUUUCCCCAAUCGUCCCUUUCCCCAAUCGUCUUUUUCCCCAAUCGUCCCAGUUCCUUCGAAGUCAUACAAUAAUUUGUGAUUUUACACAGUCGAUUAAUGUAGUUUCAGGAAGCAUAAGAGGCUUAAAAAUUCUUUCUGAUAGUAGCAAAUUAUCAAUAUUUUUUAUGAAAUUCUUGUCUAGUUAUUUUAUCUCGAUACAUGGGAGUGUUGCGUCUGGUUCUUGGGUCAUCACCCCUCAGUGUUAUGGUAAUUAAACGUAUAUGGUCAUUAACUCUGAAAUGGGGUAGAGUCUACGUAUUUUUGUAAUGUGCUGCUUGGUAAUAUUCAGAGUAAUUUUUUCCAAAGUAUCUGCGAGGCUCCUGGCGAUUCGCAGAACGCCGAUAUAAAAAAUUUCAUACCUUCCAAGUCAAAAAAAUGUUAGUUGCCAUAUUUUACUUUGAUUUUCACGUUCUUCUUCUGCAAUAGUAUGUAUGAGUAACGUGUGGUGAAAAGUUCAUGAAAAGAUUAACGCAAACUGUUGUUUCAAUAUUCAAAUCCAAACAGUAAGCGCUAACUUUUUAUAGGCAGGGAUUUGCAAUCAUUAUAAGGGUUGCCAGAGUAUGUUGUGUCAAAAAUACUUGUGUAUCUUGUUGCAGUAACAGUUGGCCAAUUUUUUAAUAUGAGUAAGACAUUGGAUGUCUUGAGGAAUAUCUGGCCUGGUUUUUGAGCCCUGAUCCGCGGUUGACCCGCGCUCCCCUUCCGUGAUCCGGGCGCUAAUUUUGGCCGGUUAUUUUUGGCCCUCAUUUUGGCCCUACAAACUACAGGAGUCAAAAAAGGACACCGAGGCCUCACACCUGGUGAGUCACCUGCGAGGAGGCCUGAGGGCAGAACUUUCAGGAAGGUUCUGGAAGCUCCAUAAUUUUCCAUAAUUAGCGGCCACUCCAAACUACGAUGGGCGCAGCACAGAGCACAUGGGAAUGGCCUCAAGAUCACCAGUUGCCCCGCCCAGGAUCAAGCACUAUAUAAGCCGGCAUCAGCGCCUCUGCCAGGACGUCCACCCAGAGGAUAACCUCUAGGGUAUUGUUUUGUAGUACUACUGUGUUUUGUUUUAUUGUGUUUUUGUUAGCCGAGCUCGAGAUAAAAUAUUGGCCAUAUAUUGUGGGUUUUCCUUGUCCCUCCACUGCACUACGCCGUGUAGGCUCUGAUACUUCAGAGCAAGAUCCGCCGCGGUCUACUGAGACCGGAAACCCACCCCGCGUUUUAACUGGUAGCAGCGAGUGGUUGUCUAUUAUACCUCCAAGAGGUUUUUAGACAGUUAAUCCGUACUCUUCGGAGUACUCGAGGUAUCAUCGCUUUCGACAGCGGUGAUAAGAGUAUCAUCUAUAAUUGUAUUGUGUUUUUAGAUUCGUCAUGGAAUCCGCCCCGACAGAGCAGCCGAUGGGGCCAGGCCAGCCUGAGCAGCCCGCCGCCGGGUCCGACCCCGUCCUCAAGCUGUUCGACCGUACCUGCGAUUCCAUACUCAUGGGACGUCCGAAUUCCGACGACGUCAGGAAGCUUCUGGUCAUCAUGGUCGAGGAUUGCCGAAAGCUCGCCACUUAUCUAGCCCGGGAGCAGCGGGCUCGCGCUCUUUCGGAAACCCGAACUGCGACGAUGACAGGAAAAGCUGAAAAAGGAUUGGAUAAUGUUUGCAAAUCCCUCAACGACAUUGACACCAUGAAUCUGGGACUGGGGAUGUGGUCCUCAGUCGUAAACAAGGACCUCCGAGAUCUGAAAGAUCAAGUUGGUGGCAUCAAAUCGCUUGGGAACGCGGUUGAAGCCAAUAAGAAGGUUCUCAGAUCAGUUCGAGACAAACUUGAUCAAGUUGCCAGCCAGAAGGGCAACGAUGUGGCCAGGUUCGAAAAGUUGGAAGAAAACCUCGCUGGCAUCAGAGGACUCUACGCUGAGCAAGGUAGGGUUCUUCGCGAACUUCGGGCUACAGUUGAAACUUUAGCUGGGGGCGCCGCACCAGCUCAAUCAGAAGCUGUUGGUCAUCAAGAGCAACUGGAUGAUGCGACUCGUCCAAGUUAUUCCUGGAAUGAUGUGCCAGUCGUGUUGGCUGGUGAAUCAGGCGACCAACAAACCCAUAAUCCAGCGAAUGCUCCAGAGGAAGAGCCACCGAUCAUAGCAAGUCUGGAGUGCAACUCCCUGCUCCAGCCGUUCAACCCAAAUGGAUCGAUGACUUUUCAAGAAUGGCUGGAGAAAUUCGAGGAUUUCCGAGAUCAGCAAGCGACGCCCUGGACCAAUGAUGUAGCCGUCAAGAAGCUCCGAAUGUUUUUGAAUGGCGAGCCUCGGGAGAGGCUGAUCAAAAUUGCUCCAGCGACCGCACCAGCUGAAGGUGGGAAUCAGUUUAAAAAUUUUGAAGAAAUUAAGAGGGAAUUGUUAGAAUCCUUCAAUAAGGAUGGAGGACAAGCAAUUGCGAGAGCCGAAUUGACUGUCUUGAGACAGCAACAUGACGAGUCAGUUAAUGCCUUUCUUCAGCGGCUCAAACGACUGGUUGCCCGACUUGACCCCGAUAUACCAGCUCCGAUUCGGGAGAAGAGAGUGUUCGAGGAAUUUAUGUCACGUGUCCGUGAUGACAUUGCUAACCCGCUUCGACUGGCCGUGCCUGAAAACCUCGAGCAAGCCCGAGCUAAGGCCUUGGCCAUCGAAUCCGUCAAUGCAUCCAGCCGACUGCUUUCGAGGGACUCUAUGGCGAAUGGCUUCGCCACUAUGGUGCAAGCUCUUGCUGGUGUCAAUGCCAAUGGUAAUAACAACAGCCCGAAAAAGGGCGCAUGUUUCUAUUGUGGGAUAGAAGGGCACUUUUCUAGAGAAUGCCGACAGAGGGCCCGAGAAAUUCAACAGGGUCAGGCCGCUUUUUACCGCCCCAGCGGCGGUCAGCAUCGAGAAGGUGGCUUUCAGAGGCCGCCGAACCGUGGACGAGCAUCGUCUUGGUGGAAUGAUGAAGAAGACCGAAGUCCCAGGGAGUCGGUGAACCUGUUGACGGUUCAAGAAGCUCCCGAGAAGGAAGGUCAGGUGGUGGAAAAGACCGAGAGGGAGAAGUCCCUUGAGUUGAUGAGACAAAAGCAUGCCAACCUUCUGAAGCUUCAUUCCUCCUCAUCGAUUCAAUCUCUACACCCGGUGAAUGCCCUUGCAUCGGUGAUGUUUUUGGUCACCUGUCUAACUGUGGUCUCUCCUUCAGUAGGAGCGAUCCAACCGAUGAUAUGUCAGCAUCAAUUUGGCAGAAGACUCGUUGGAUUGCCCGAGCCUCCAGAAUGCCCACAAGUCAAUGUCAAGCCAAAAGUUCGUCCGGCAACGCUUCUACUGGAUAUUUUUCGAGAGAAUGAGCAAGUAAGUGAAACGCCAGCUGAAGUAUGUCAAGUGGUUCGGAGCCAAAUUCGCUACUUCACGACGCUUUCAGGGGUUUAUGUGGAGCAGCCAGCCAAGCCCAUUAAGGAGCUGGUCACGCCUGCGCAAUGUCGAGACAUCCUGAGAUCCGGGAGGUGUAUUCAUGGACCUCUGACUCCACAGAAGGACGGCUGGGCCACGUCCAACGUCUUCAAGAAGGACAGACCCUGGCCUUUCUUCGGAAGUUUUGGUUGGAAGUCCCAAACACUCAAGAAUUGUAUCACUUUUGGGGCUCAUGUUCAGUACAACUCGAACUCGCACGUAUUGACGGCAACGGCCGGUGAUCUUCAAGCAUGCAACUACACUUCUGGAGAAUGCAACCUCCAAGAUGGAUCAGCCAUUCUCUGGAAGCCGAAUCCUGCCCUGGAUUGCCCUUUCAUCAAGGUUGGUACGUUCUUGGGUCGUUUGCUAGGAAAUGUUUGGCUCUCUGACAGCCGACAAUUUGCAUUAACCAUCAGCAAUGACUCUGUGCCGUUUAAGUCAUGCAACAGGACGCUGGUCAAGACUCCCCAAGGUUUCGCUAUUCCGCUGAGCGCAGCCCGCGCAAAAAGGGGGACUAAGGUGGUCGCUAGCAACACAUUGUCUGCCGAGCUACAAGGGCUGGAAGAAAGCAUGAUCCAGAUCAUUCAGCAUAAUUUCGAGAAUGUUAUACACCACAUUUGCUUCGCCCACCAGAGCGCAGCCGCGCAAUGGAAACUUUUGGCCGAGACGAACCCUACAGCUGUAUUUCGUAAGUUAUUACGAGAUGAUUAUAUUCAUGCCACAAUGCUCACUGAAAGCAUAGCUGAGAUCUACCCUUGUAGACCGAUCGGAAACGAGUCCAUUCGACCAAGACCUGGUCCAAAAACCGGAUGCACCCGCUACAUUCCCAUAGACCUCACUGACCCCACCGACUCCUCGAAGUCGAAAGGGGCAUUUUUGGACCCGAUGACUGCCAUUAUCACUGAUCACAGCCCCACCGUGCCAUGCGAUGCCGCUCCGCCUUUUCUGUUAAACAAAGGAGAUGGAUUCCUCCAGAUAGAGCAACAUGAUUCCGCGGUGAGCAACUUCGACCUGAACCAAGUUAGUUGGUUGAAACUUUUGGCGGUCCCGCCGCAGAUAAACCAUAAAGUACCUUUGGUCGUUUUCAGCUCAUCGAUGGCCGCCAAUCUGUCAACUGGAAUCAGCUUCCAUCACUGGCAAGCUGCAGCAAGGCCGGAACUUCAUACUGGAGAAGGCGGCUCAAAACCAGACGACGAGGGUUUCUUUGUUGAAACUCGAAGCCCAACCUUGUUGAAUUUGUUGCUGCCGGAUUGGACUGUCUCCCAAAUAUGGCUUUAUGCCUGUGCUGUUCUGGUCACCUGUGACGCCAUUGGAAGUCUACUUGGCACCUAUUUUCUUGCGAAAUGGAACGCCGCGCGCCACUACGCCCGCCUGAGGCGAGAGCGCCGCAGGGAACGACGUGAUCAGGAGAUCAUUUGGUCGUUUCGAGAGCUCGACGAGGGCCCGGUGUAUCGAGAUGUGGUCUCAGCCGUCAACACAAUUGGGAAGGACUAA